GCGUAUGCUUGUAUACAACCCUGAUUUCCAUUUUUUUCCCAACUCGUAAUGUAUUUAAUUCAAGUGAAACGUAAUCAUGACGUGUCGUGUCAUUAAUCUCCUCGCCGCCUCUCCCGAAAUUAUAGAAGGAGGCUGCCUCAGAAGUGUUUCCCCUCUAGGCCGAGACACUAAAGAAUGGCAUAACACCAAACACACUGCUAAGGAUGGAUUCUCCACCAGAGUGUGUGUUGUCUCUUGCUUGUGAGCAGCCACAGUCUCCCCAAACGCUGCCAUCUCUUGACCACAGCCCUCAAGCCUCCUCUCCUCUGCCCGACAGCCCCGUUGUCCUGCCGAUCCCCAGCCCCGAACCUUCCCCGCAGAGCCCAGACGCCACGCCGUAUUUCCCCCUCUCUCCCUUCCCCCUUCAAGAGGUCAACAACAACGACUGCCUUGAUCUCGACGGAGAAGACUGCGAAGAAGAGCUAGAUGGAAUUCCUCCAUCUCCGACCCCGGCAGUCGCUUUGUUUCCAGGAGGAAGCGCUCAAGAUGCGGGAUGCAACCCCGGUUUGGAUUCCUCCCCUCCAGACACACCGUCAGCUCCUUUUCUUGGUUACGGUGCCCUUGAGUUGGCCCUUUCUUCAGGACAAGGUGGAAACUGCAGUGAUGAACUAGAUCUUCAACUGUUCCAGAAGGAAACUGUUACCAGAGCAACACCUGGAGCUGGAGGGACCUCGCCUGGGCCUGCACUCAAGUUUCCCUGUCACGUGUGUGGGAAGAGGUUUCGAUUCCAAAGCAUCUUGUCUCUUCAUGCUCGAGCACAUAGUUUGGACCGAGAUCGGAGAGCUGCAUCGCUGUACCACACUAGACCCCCCUCAUCUUCCCUUAAGCAACAUCUCAAAAUCCAUCAGAAUCACAAAGAUUUGCUCUCCAAUCAUAGAAGUCGUGCAAAUCAGCGUUUACUGCCAAAAACUCUAAUCCAGCACCUCACAGAGGAGGAGGAUGUCAACGGAGAGGACAAAGGCCUAGAUGAUGAUCUGAAGCCAGACCAGAACCCAAACUUUUUAUUGGAUGACAGCACACCCUUGACCCCACCCCUGACUGAAGACCCUGUAUCUGUGACCUCCCCUUAUUCCUCUACUGGCGAGGGGUCAUCUGUUGCCACAGCGCCUACGUUUCGCUGCCAUGCCUGUAAGGGAAAAUUCCGCACGGCUUCAGAACUGGCGCGUCACGUCCGCAUCCUCCACAACCCGUACAAAUGCACCCUUUGUCCUUUCUCUGCCAGCCAAGAAGAGAGUCUGGCAUCUCACUUACAGGAGUGCCACCCAUCCCCAGAGAUGCCGCCCUUGACAACAGCCUUCAAUUGCAGGACCAUCAUUGACACACCAGUGCCCACCCCAACCCACACUCCCGCCCCGACCCCAGGUAACGCUCAGAUCUCAUCGGCUGCUGGAGUCUCUGCAUCCGCUUCAGUGCCAGCAUUUCGCUGUGAUACUUGUGGCCAGAGAUUUACCCAGUCCUGGUUUCUGAAGGGACACAUGCGAAAACACAAGGACUCCUUAGACCAUAAGUGCCAGGUGUGUGGACGUGGCUUCAAGGAGCCUUGGUUCCUCAAGAACCACAUGAAAGUUCAUCUUAACAAGCUCGGCCUCAAAGCUGGUUUGGGAACCCAUGGUAUUCUCGGGAAUGCUGAGCAGCAGUCCAAGGGCUCUGCUAGUACGCACACCCUGAACUCCCUGUACUCGAGCCUGCUCAUGGCUCAUCGAGGAGGCGGAGCCAGAGGUGGACAAGGAAGGUCUGACAGAGAAACUGGGGGUAGGAUCGAUAUGAGUUUAAGCAAGUCUGCUAUCCUGGGAUACCUUGGCUUGCCCAGUGAUGGCAGUGGGGCCAGUUGCAUGGAAAGACUUCAAGCAGCAGCUCAGGUGGCAGAGAUGGGAAACAGUGGUGGAGGCAUUAGUGGAGGUGUCGACCCUACCAGAGGAGGGGGAACAUCCAGAGGAGGUGGCACAAGUGAAACUGCAUCAACUAUUUCAGAAGGAGGGGAUCAGGCAACUUGGUGGCAGCUGGUUGCUCGCAGCCUGGCUGUUGCACAGCAGCAGCAGCAACAGCAGCAGCAACAGCAGCAGCAGAGACCACAGCAGCGAGGGCAGCAGCGAGGGCAGCAGCAAGGUCAGCGAGCCCCAAGUCGAAGUUCAGUGAUCACAGAAGCAGACCAAAUCAGGGUCUACCGAUCAGGCCUAGAUCCCAGGGGAGAGUCGGGAGGAACCGGAGGGCCUUGGGAAUGCCCGGACUGUGGAAAGUUGUUCCGAAGCCUGCAGCAGGUGGUUGUACAUGCUCGCGUCCAUGCUCAGAGGCCGCAGAAUCGUGGCACCAGUGAAGAAGAGGGGGCUGGUACUCGAAGAGGACCAGGGUUGGGAAGAGGAUCCGGCGGCGGUGAUGUGAGACCCGAAUCCCAACUUCACGGUGGUGGAUCCCAGCAAAUGGGAGACGGAAGACAGGAAUCAAAACUGAACAGCAGUGUAUCUCAGCAAGCAGGAGCAGUCGCAGGGUUUCACUCCGUUCUUUCAAACUUCAAAGGAGAAAACGGCUUCACAGCAGUCUCCUCCAUGCCCUCUGUUCCCACCAGGGAGCGAGUGCGUGGCAGAGGGAUAAAAGACUGCCCCUACUGUGGCAAAGCCUUCCGCUCUUCCCACCAUCUCAAAGUGCACCUGAGAGUUCACACAGGUGAGAGACCCUACAAAUGCCCCCACUGUGACUAUGCAGGCACUCAGUCUGGGUCACUGAAGUACCACCUCCAGCGGCACCACAGGGAGCAACGCAAUGCCUUAUCAGCUUCCUCCAAUUCCUCCUCUGGGUCCACCUCCAGCAUUCACACAUCUGGUGCCCCUGGACUGGUCAAGCAGCGUCGAUCUCAGCUCAACCACGGCCCGAUCAACCGAGGCACCGCUGAUACAACCGUUUCACGGUCCAGCCAGCAGUCUUGGCUCCUGGGCCUCCCAGACCAACGCGAACACCGGAAGGCUCUGGCAGCUCUAAAGGAUGUCGACUUGGAGACCCAGUACAGAUAUCUGUCUGGAGUCAUGGGGGCCCUGUACCAAGGAGGGAUGGAGGGAAAUUGGGUCAGGGGAUCCCCCCCACCAAAGACUAUUAAAGUAUCCCGACGUAAGCCUCUCACUACUAGUCGAAUGGUUCAGCCACAAAGUGACAAGGAUGAACCUGUGCCAUCAACUCAGGAGGGAGGGUUUGAACCUUUGGAUCUUUCCCGUCGCACCUCACCCAGCCAUGGAGGGAUGGAGGAGUAUGAGAGCAUUGGUGCUGGAGAUGGAGGAGCUGUGUUUGGUGUUGAUGGUGGGAGGGAUGGCUCAGCAGGGGUCAAACUGAGCCAGUGUUUGUUCUGCCCUUUUCAUACAUCAUCAGCUGAGCUGAUGGCCAUGCAUAUCCAAGUAAACCACACAAGUAAGUCCAGGCGCAAGAGGGUCUCCUCCGCUCUACUGGAUGAUGAACGUGCCCAAAGGGCCACCAAGCCACGGAUGGAUAACUCCGACCUCGAUCCUCUGACAUUAUGGAGGCAUGUGAGUGAGGGAGAAUCUCCAGUCCCUGUGGGGCACUGGUCUUCAACUCAGCACCAGAUCACUAAUGGUCACCCUGAGGAUACAGCAGAUCAUCUGGACGAUGCUUCUUAUCGUCAAGACUCUGUGGGGUCAGUGCCCAAGAAUGUAAGAGACAGCCCAGCUGUCAAGGAAAAGGCGGAGGAGGACAAAGAAGAAUUCGAUGAGGAAUUUGAAGAGAACAUGGAGACCAGCAGUGUGGAGGAUUUGCAAGAUCGGGAUCUGAGGAUGUCCCUCGACCUUUCACCAGCUCUGAGCCCCAACCAUAUGGCAGCGGAGAAUGACAAGGUCCUAACUGGUUAAAAGAAAGAGACAGGGGGAAUUUCAGCUGUAUAUGUGAUAGACAAGAAAUAAUGAUAAAAGGUAUCCCUUCAUAGUUUAAUUUAUGAGAACACGUAAAGAGUCUUGAAGAUUAAUGUUUCCGCCAAACGGAGGGAAAAAGUGCUGCUUUAAUAUUCCCUCUGGUAUGACUUGUCCACUAUCUUUGUGACUGCUUAAUCCUCUACAACAUACACUAAUAUUCCUGUAAUCUCAAAGGAGCAUGGACACAACUUUUCAGGAUUUUUGUAGGCCACUUUUUGUAUUUGUCCCUCUCCCCCCCACCCCCUCAAGAAAAAGUCCAAGGUUGAUGCUUUUUGAGAUGAUAUUCUAGUCAACAAACAUCUGCUAAGGGUCUAGCAUCAUUCCAGAAUCUCAAACUUUGACGCAUUGCUAUAUAAGCAGUGUAUUCCUGACUACUACACUGAGUGAGCUGAACAGGUAACUCUGCAAACUGACCACUGAACAGUUUGAGACUGUCAGCUUCAUCUUCCUCCUCAAUCCACAGAAAGUUUUAAGCUAUCUGGCAUUAAUUUAAGGCAUGAGGUGACUGUUUCCUCGACUGUGUAUCACUGCCUUGUUUUUCAGCUAAGUGUUUAUCGAUUACUGUCCUAAAAAACUUAUCUGAGAGAAAAGUUUGUAUAUUUUUUUUUCUUUCUUUGCUGUUGUUGUAAUCGGUUAGUGCCUGUUCAUGUAUGUUGUCAAAAGAGUCUCUGGCGUUGCCCCGAGUCUCGCAUAGGUCGCUAAUUUUAUUGGAAUAUACAGUUUCAAAUGAUUUAAAUACAAUAUAUUUGUUUAAAGUGGUUCUAGGGUGUUGUGAAUAGUUGUAAAAGAAAUGCUACAUCAUAGCGUUAAUGUGGACACAGACUGUAGCCGGUUUGUGGUUCUUUUCAAAAGGAAUUUUCUUCUUUUUUAAUGUAGGCGAUGACAAGAUGUUUAAAGACUAUGAGGUAGAAAAAAGGGCACAGUUUAGAAGUCAGUGUUUUCAGCGCUAGCUGGGUUGUGGUCCGUCGUGUUGAACAAAUGAUAAAUCAAGGACUUGAGGGCCGUAAGGGGGGGCAAGACUGAAACCCUCUUCCACAAUCAGCUGGCACGUUGUGUUAAAAAGAACCCUGUCGAAAAUAGGUAAGAGGGAAGAAAAUGAGAAAUUAAUACAAAGUUGCUACCAGACAAGACAAAAUCCGAGAAAUAAGCUGUACUUUUGGGAUAUGGUGACUUUUGGACAACUGGAGUCCUUCUCUUCUUUCUUUCCUGUAAAAAAAAAAAAAAAAAAAAAAAAAGAAAAAAAAAUCCCCGAAAAGACAACGGUAGUAAUUAUUAAAACACUAACACAUGCUUAGACAUCCCAGUAGUAUAUGUGUAGCUUUUGUAAAGACAAGAAAAGAAAAACCCACAGACUUUUGUUUAUUUUCAUCUCAAGAUGCUUACAGAAAAAGGUUAUCAAUAUAAGUAAUAUUGAUUAUAAUGUUUGUGAGCUAAGACUAGUUGGAAUGUCUAUUCAGAGCACUGUGCAAGGUUUGAGUUCCCAAAGUAGUUGUUUUUCUGUUGACUCGAUCGAUAGACCAAACUUCCUGUUUUUUUUUUUUGUUUUUUUUCCAAUGGCAGUUUUUGUCGUCAUUUUAAAUGUGUAAGUGUGUGGCUUGAGUAGAUUCACCCCAUCGAUUAACAAACAGUUGCGGAGCGUAAUUAGAGCUCGAAAUAUAAAUAACUAAGACUGUGAAGUGAAAAGAGAAAAAAAACAAAAGAGAUUUGAAGGUAUAGCCAAUAAAAGUCGCUGGUGAAUGCCGACUUUUGUUAUUUGAUGAGGUCUGAGGCUUGUGGCGUGACAUCAGAACAAAUGUGUAUGUUGUUGGCAGUAUCGGUCUGCAUUAGCAUUCGUACACUUGUAAGUAAAGAUUUGUGUAGCGCUACCAGAUAUUUCUAGAGAGUUUUCCAAACAUGUUAUACGUUGAGAGAGGGCAUCAUCAGGCAUAUCUGAUUCCACACGUCCCUCUUAGACGUCUGAUCAUCUCCCGUCGUCUGCCGAUGUGUUAUGUGACGCUAUCGCUAAUACUAGCCUUUGUCCUCUUAGUGGAACCUUAGCUGUAACUUUUUAUCAGUUGAAACAACUGGUCCUGGUUACUUGUGACAGUUUCACAUUUAAAAAAAGAAAAAAGAUGAGUAAAUUAUUUAAGCUACACUUUCAAAAUAAGACUGCAAGUGCAAGAAGUUAACAUGCUAAUGCUAGUUGCUUUUUCUUCGCGGAACCUUUGACUGUGACUGUUUUACUCUUUGGCACGUUAACAAUUCACAUACGCUAUUACAGUUUUACAUCCAAACUAAAAAAGGAAGUAAAUUAUAAACUUAGUUUUAGCUCCGUCUUUUAACGUUGAUGCGACAUUAUAAGUAAAAGAAGUUGGUAUGCUAACACUAGCUUGCGUUCUCUCCAUGAAAUCUUUGAUGUGACCAUUUUAAUUUGACACUUUUAACUUUUUCAGACAAAACAGUUGUUGCAGUUUAAGAAUAAAAAACCAAAGAAUCAGAGUAAACAAUAAACUCUAUUUUAGCCGCGCUUUUAAAUCCAUGCAACAUUAAAUCUAUGUGUAUUGGGGUCAGUUUGUUCCUUAUCUAAUUCACCCCUCCGUUCUGUUACUCCCAUGUCAACGACGUACCUAGGUAGUUGAACUUUUUUGAUAAAGUAUGAAAAUAAAUAGCACUCACACUAUUCACAAAAUAUUCAUUGCUUUUUUUAAAAAUUAUUUUGUGAAUUUCAUAUUACACUCCAUUACCUAUUGUGGUUCUGAUUGCUGUGUGGUUUCACUUAACCUCAAAUUAACAUCACAUAACCUCAGUGUUUAUUUAUAGUAAACACUGGGAACAAUACAGAACAUUACUAAAGCAAUCAGUGGUUAUAGCUGGUACAAAAUGUUCCCAAUGUGGCUACAAAAAGACACAAUGUUGGUACAAAACACCAGAAACACCGGAUUAUGAAACAAGAAAAUGUAAAAAGCACAAGGUUGCAAGCGUGGGAAUUGCCCAGCACAACCUAUUGAGGACCCUGUACUGCCCAAGCUUAGUUUGACAACACACAUUAAUUUGCCUAAAAUAAUAAAACUUAACUAUACAUUUCAACUGACUGUACACCUCAAUGAAUACAUUUGUACUAUACCAAAUUUUAUAGAGUUGGUUUUUGUACCAAUGCAUAGCAUCUGCAGAAUGUGUUUGGUUGAGUUUACACCCGUGCAACAAUAUAGUUGGUUCAGUGGCUCAUGAAGACACGCUGCCAUGACAAAAUAAUGCUAUAGUACUAAUUUCACUUCACAUUUGAUGCUGUCGAAGAUCGAUUUCGAUCACCAGCUGCAGCAACUCCGAUGUCACGGCAAUCACCAAACCGUACCUACACCUAAACUCGUUCUAUGCAAAUGUGGAACUGUUUGGAUUCUGGAUGCUUAAAACCUGACACCAUCUGCGUGUCCAUUACAAAUGUGCCCAAAAUUUUGGUAGAAAAAAGAAAAACACAAUUUUGCGACAGUUGUAAAUGGCGACUUAUUCAGUUGUUGGAGCAACAAGCACCCCGGAGCGGCUACGUGCAACACGUUUUGGGGAAAUUGUAGUCUACAAUUUUACAGAAGAACCUUUGAUGAACUGUGUUUGGUCAUUAUCCCCAAAAAAAACAAAACUCAAAAAACAAACCAUCUUCCUCCUGCUACUUUCUAUUUCAUCUUCUUUGUUAUUUCUGCCAGUAGUAACCCAGUUACCCAGUUGUUGAUGAAGCGACUUGCGUGAUGCGAAAAAUGUGUUUCCAUUGCAGGUGCGCAAAAUACAUCUCUUUUGACACAGCCAAUAACCACCUCUUUGCGACAAAAACAUCAUCAAAAAUGUGAAUUUUUUUCGAAAUUGCUGUGCUUUCCUUGAAGCAAAUGUAUUUUUGCAGUUUUAAUUUGCGCAAAUUUAUGGAAAAUGCAGCAACUGACCAACAUUCAGAUUCAUUUAUCUAAUUAUCAGAAGACUUUGUGAGACCAUUCAGAUGUCUUUAACGUAUGCACAAGUAUGGAAAACGCUCACGUCGCAGCAGAAACAACUUAGCCACUCUGACAACACUGUAAAUUCCACACCACUGAUCCCAAAACAUGCACUAUUCACGACUGGAGAAAUCCUUUAAAGAGGCCACGAAACUUCAGAUUCCACACAAUCCCUAUCUUUUCCCAAACUUUUAGACUUAAACAAGUGCUUUUCAACACACCAGCAUGGAUGCCAGUAUGGAAGGCUGUUCUGAAGACAUUCAGUGAUGGAAACACUUCUGACGUUGCCCCUCCACACGUUAGGCGUGUUCAGAAUGUUCUCCGGCGAUAUCUGGUGGCUCCGUACCAACUGUGUGUACUAAAUGGUUUAGGUUGCCUUUGGUUCUGAAAAUGUGCCACAAGAGUCCGUCUGGAGUGACCGCCACCACACUUUAACGUGCAUUGACGUGUUUGGUGUCUGUUUUUUGUUGUUGUUUAUUUUUAGAGCACCUUAUGAGUUUCGUACUGAAAAAGUCCCUUAGUGGUGUCUCCUUUACAACUACUAUCAAUGCCACCGUGCCUUCUGUUUCAAGCACUUCCUGGUGUAUUUUGUAAAACUCACCAAAAGCACUUAGCCUGUAUCACACUUUCGCUCCUCUCUUCCUGUUUUCUCUCUGUUCAUUUCCCCUCCUUUUCUCAUUCCCUCCUCCUUCCCUUCAUCACACUGGCUUAUUUCCUGAUUCUUCUCGUUGCCGGGUCUUUGCCUCCCGACCGGCCGUUCUCUCCUGCACAUCGGGCCCGUUGGGCCUUAAACAAGGCCACUAGGCCUCACUUUUACCCCGACUCUAAAAAGAAAAAAAAAUAAAUAAAUAAAUUACGGACUAUCUAAGCCCUAGGUCAUUUAAAAAAGAAAAGAAAAAAAAGAUGGCUGUAGCUGUAGAGUGAGGCUACCUGUAAUCAUCAUACUAAUCCUUGGUAAACCAAAGCCCAAUGUCUUUUGAUUCUUGAACGAUGAUUUUUUUUUUUUAACAUCGCGAGGUGCCAAAACAUGUCCAAUGCGACACUAAAGACACAAAACGCUUGAGGACGGAGGACAACUUGCAGACUUUUCUCCCAUCCGUUUCUGUUUCCUCUCCAUCCCUCUGCUUGCUCUUCCCCCACGUCCUUCUCUCGUCCACGAAUCAGUCUCUAGCACCACUCGAAGGUGACGUGUACUAUCUGGUAUUGAGGCCUUUAUUAGACUUUUUUUCUUUACUCUCUCUCUCCUUUCUGUUUGUGUGGUGUCUGUUCAAUGCCGUCGAGAUGGAAAAAUGCUCUUAUAAUGAUAAGUAUUAUUGUUUUUGGCAUUAUGGUAAAAAAAAAAAGAAAAAAAAGAGAAAUGUGAUGUUGAAUGUUGUACAGAUAGCUCUAGAGAUGUUGUGUUUUGGUUUGUUUUGGGUUCUUGUUUUUUUUGUUGUUUUGUUUUGUUUUUGUUUUUUUUCCAAGAGAGCACAAACUUGAGCGAUGGCCCCUUCAGCUCCUCCCACUGGCAGAUGGGAAUAAAAUCGCCGGCCAAUCAUUGUACUGUAGACAAUGGUCCUGUCACGACAGCAUAUUGACGGGAGACGAAAUGACGCUGCUGAAGUUCCUCUGAUCUGAGAGAACAAUAAAUAAAUAAAAAAAACAUUUGGUAAACUUUAUGCUUUAAAAAAAAAAAGAA